AGAUAAAUGUUGAAAGAGAGCAGUUGUGCUGAUAGUUACUAUGACUACAUUUGUAUCAUUGACUUUGAAGCCACUUGUGAAGAGGGUAAUCCACCUGAGUUCAUACAUGAAAUAAUUGAGUUUCCUGAUGUUUUAUUGAAUACUCAUACCUUGCAAAUAGAAGAUACGUUUCAGCAAUAUGUAAGACCAGAGAUUAACACUCAGCUUUCUGAUUUCUGCAUUAGUCUUACCGGAAUUACUCAGGAUCAGGUUGACAGAGCUGAUACUUUUCCUCAGGUACUGAAAAAAGUAAUUGACUGGAUGAAAUUGAAGGAAUUAGGAACAAAGUAUAAAUAUUGCAUAUCAACAGAUGGUUCAUGGGAUAUGAGUAAGUUUUUGAACAUGCAGUGCCAACUGAGCCGGCUCAAAUAUCCUCAUUUUGCUAAAAAGUGGAUCAAUAUUCGAAAGUCAUAUGGAAACUUUUACAAGGUUCCUAGAAGCCAAACCAAACUGGCAAUAAUGCUUGAAAAAUUAGGAAUGGAUUAUGAUGAACGACCUCAUAGUGGUCUUGAUGACUCUAAGAACAAAGCACGAAUAGCAGUGCGAAUGCUUCAAGAUGGAUGUGAACUCCGAAUCAAUGAGAAAAUGCAUUCAGGACAACUAAUGAGUGUGUCCUCUUCCUUACCAAUAGAGGGCACUCCAGCUCCACAAAUGCCACAUUUUAGAAAGUAAUAGCAUUUUGUCUGGGGAUCAUUCUAACUGGAGUUGCUACAAAAGAGGUAGCAGAUGGAUGCUCAUUGACUGCAGUGCAAACUUCAAGCACCUUAAACAUGAAAAAUCUUUGUUACAAUUAUAUGUAUAUAUAUUAUGUAUGUGAACAGAUUUUGUGGGAGGGCAUAUUGAAUUCUUUCUCACCAGCACUUUUGAUAUGAGCAGUAUUUGUUACACAGUAAUGUCCUGCUUAUAACUAAAUUUUUUAAAUUGUCCAAGAUUUUAAGGUGUCCAAGAUGUACUCUUUUUGAUUUUAAAAUGCAAAAUUUUAUUGACUCUUCCCUUAAAUGUCAUAUUUUAUUGAUGUUGAGAUAUAGAAUGUAUUUCUGAAUUAACAUCAUUUCAUUAAAUCAUUCUUAAAAUGCCAAAAAAAAUUGAAAGGUAGGCCUAUGUUAACCUUUGGGUUUUAUAAAUAUAGUCCUCUUGACUUUUGAAGUUUAUAUAUGAAGUUCAACUACAGUCCUCUCUCAGUACUCUUGGGUUUAGUUCCAGGACCCAGUGUGGAUACCUCAAGUCACUUACAUAAAACGGCAUAGUAUUUACAUAUAACCUACAUACGUCCUCCCAUAUACUUUAAAUCAUCUCUCAUUUAUCAUACCUAAUAAAUAUAAUUACUAUAUAAAUAGUUGCUGUACUGUAUUGUUUAGGGAAUAAUGACAAGGAAAAAAGUUUAUUCUGAUACAAACAGUGUAGACUAACCUACAUAGUAUAGGAACAAGAUGCGGGACAAGCAAUGACCAAACAACAUGUGCUGGAGAGAAACUAAACAUCU